AUGGCACUUAAUGGAAAUCACAGUGACCUCCCACAAGUUCUGGUACUUCUCCCACCUGGGUGCUUCACUCUCUUGGAGUCCAACUACUCCCACAAGUUCAACUUCCUCAAAGCUUGGGACUCUCCUCUCCCUCAAGACCAGUUCUUGGCCACACAUGCAGGCUCUGUUCAGGCCUUGCUGUCCUCUGCCAAUGGACCAACCAUCACUGCCAAUAUCCUACAAAUGCUGCCCUCCUUGAAGGUCAUUGUCACCACCAGCGCUGGCCUUGACCAUGUUGACUUAGCCGAGUGUCGAAGCCGCGGUGUUGCCAUUGCCAGUACCCCUAAAAUCUUCACUGAGGAUGUUGCUGAUAUGGCUGUGGGGCUGCUUCUUGAUGUCAUGAGAAAGAUUUCGGCUGGGGAUCGGUAUGUCAGAGACGGGCUUUGGGCUACCAGAGGAGACUAUGCUCUCGGUUCUAAGAUAGGAGGCAAACGAGUUGGGAUUGUCGGAUUGGGAAAUAUUGGCUUAGAAGUUGCCAAAAGACUUGAGGCCUUUGGCUGCAACAUAUUGUACAACUCAAGGACGGAAAAGCCAUUCGUUUCAUACCCUUUCUAUUCUGAUAUCAGUGAACUUGCUGCUAACAGUGACGCCCUUGUCAUUUGUUGUGCAUUGACUGCUGAAACCCACCACAUGAUCAACAAGAAAGUCUUGUUAGCGCUGGGAAGAGAUGGCGUGAUUGUAAACAUAGGACGCGGAGCUAUAAUCGAUGAGAAGGAAAUGGUGCGGUGUUUGGUGAAAGGAGAGAUUGGAGGUGCUGGUUUGGAUGUGUUUGAGGAUGAGCCUGAAGUUCCUCAAGAGCUCUUCGCAUUGGACAAUGUUGUACUGUCGCCACAUUAUGCUACCUACACACCAGAAUGUUUCAUGGCUUUGUGUGAACUAGUAGCAGGGAAUUUCGAAGCAUUCUUCUCAAAUAAACCGUUGCUUUCACCGGCUGUGGAUAAUUAA